UCGCUUCACGGUCUCUUACAACGAUCGCCCUACAACGCCAUCGUAAAGCAUAAACUCGCGCCCGCGCGCUGCCUACUCGAUAGCUCUUGUCGGUGGCUUCGGUUGGUAUGGGGGAAGUGGCAAGUGUCACCGAAAAACGAUGCCAUCGCCAGACGAUUACAAAAGGUGCGAUAAGAAAUGGGCGGAAGGCCGGAAGAUUGGUGUUUCGCUUCCGUAUGAAACACCGCUGGGGUGGAAAGCGUAACCAUAGGAACGGUUCCAUCAACGAGUGUCUGAUGGAAAAUGUCUCUUUCUACAGGCUAAUGAAGGUGUACACAAUGCGCAAGAAGUAGGAUGGGACGGAAAAGUGUCGACUGUUGUUUAAAAAAAAAAGCGCGCCGCGCUAGGGUGCGUCUGAAGAUUGCGCUCCGACAAGUAAGUCACGCGGCCAUAUCGACAGCCAUGAAUUAAAUCCUCUCACACGUAUGGCGUACGCGUCCCCGCGUUUUGCAUGCAUGCGUGUGCGCCUGUGCGCGUUCGACGCCAGAAGGCCAUGGAUGUGACCGCUUUGUGGCCCGAAUUGCCGAUGCGCUGGUGACAGUUUAGUUGUGGCGGUGUCCACGGUACGCUGUGUGUUGUUUUGUCUGUGGUGCGAUGGGCUCGGCUCGCAGGUUGCAGUGAAGUGUGUUCUUUCCAUCCAAAGUGACUGUUUAGUGUAGAGUGUUGCAGAAAAAGGGCGUCAGAACUUGGUUCGUGUAGUGAAAAUUAGUGACAAAAAAGGGAUGUGAAUGUUCACAUUAAAGAAGUGCGCGUGUGUGUGUGACUACUAGUGUACCAGUGGUUAAUAAGCGGUUGAAGAAGAUAACUUUUCCAACAGCCCUUUUCUUCAGAAUGUUUAACGACCGAAAGCUCACCGGAACGGGCCACGGAUUCGUGAAGGCGUACAGUAACAACUGGCUGUCGCAGCUGGGUGCAGUGUACAGAUAUGAAUCACCGAAGGAUGUGCUGCGCAAACCGAACCACCAGCAUCGCAAGAUCGCACUGUACAGCAUACUGGCGAUGGCGUUCGUUGCCUUCUUUACGCUCUUCAUGAUCGUGCACGAAGCGGAACGCAAAUCGCGCAACCAGAUCUUGAUCGAGUCCAGCUUCACGAACGAAACUGCCAUCGAGCCGAGUGCGGGCGGGUACAACACCGUCCUAACGACUCCGCUCUCCUCGGGUAUUGCAGCGAACGAAACGAAACCAAUGAACGACGGCGAGGUAGAAGAAGGAUCCUCCAUGAAACGGACCCGUCGGCUACGGUACUACGGUGCGGAGCAGAAACCGACCGUCCGCCCGUCGGAGCUGGUCGGUCGCGAUCGGUUGGUGCUGCUGCCAGCACGCUUUCUGAAGCCACCGUUGCGUGCCCCCGAGUGGACAUCCUGGGAGGAAGCGAAAGAAAGCAAUUCCACCCAAGCCGCCGACGAGGCGGAACGUCGGCGGGAUGUUUUGAACGUCGAACCGAAACCCUUCCAGGUGGCACCGUUAAAUGGCCAACCGGUACCGAUCGGAUUCCAGCAACCGCGCGUCAAUCGAACGCCGAAAGCACUCGCGCCCAACGAUUGGACACCCUCGAACGUGCAGGACAUUGUGCGGCAGCUAACGCUGGCCAAGCGCAAGCAGCAGCAACAGCUUCAGCAGCAGCACCUACUCUACUACAACUACCCGUACGCUCCUCAGGCUCUUCAACCGGCCGAGUUUAACCACCCGGUGCAUCCGAACCAUCGCGUAAAGUUCAGCGGCAUCUAUCGCCAUCCACGGAAGGAGGGUGACAUCACCACGCUGUUUGGGGCGUCCUCUCAAAAGCCUCGCGAAGUGCAUCUGCAAGCACCGCAGCUCAUCAACCAGCAGCUGCAGCCCGAUCGGCUCUACAACUUCAAACCCUCCAACCCGAGCGAGGUGAAUCUGCUCGCGACGGAACAGUUUCGCUUUGCACCGGCCAGCCAGCCGACGCCCUCGGCCGACAGUGAGGAGUGGCCAACGCGUGGUAUGCCUUUCUCCGUUAUGCUUAACCUCGAACCGAUGCCAGUGGUUGGACUUGGUACGAAGGGCUUUGCGCAGCAGCAAAGGUAUCACCAACGGAAGCGCAUCCGCAACCCGUACCGCAAUCCAUACCGUCAACCGGCCUGGCCGGAGCAAACCUUUGCCCAACUGACGCCUUACCAGCAGCAGCAGCAGCGUGAGGAAGAGGAGGAGGAGGAGAGAGGGAUGCUGUGCAUCGUUUGGUGACAGCAGCAGACAAGAAGAGCCUGUGCCGCGAUCUCGCGGU